CGAAUGAAAAAGCACAAACACGCUUAACGGGACGACAAAGUGAAGAAGAAGAAGAAGAAGUGAGUGAGUUGUUCCUUGUUCCUUGUUCUUUGUUCUUAGUGAUUAGAUCCAAAUGUGAAAAAGUGAUGGUUCAGUCGAGAACUUACUUCCCACCGCAUCGUACACAGCUGCAUCCUCGAAUGCACAUAAACUCCCUCUCUUUGCAAACCUCAAAUAAAUGUAAUACUAAAUGCCUAAUCCUCCUCAUUGCUUUUCUAACCAUACCCUUCCUCUUCUACCUCUUCUCCACCGCUCAAAAGAUCCACCACUCCCCCAAAUUCUCCCACCCCAAAUCCCAAUUCUUCUCCAUCGUCAUUGAUUCCGCUCGUUCCGCCUCCCGUAUUCGGGUUUACCAGCUUUUGUCCGAAGGCCUUCUGCCUUUUGGGAAUGGACAAAUGCCUCUCGCUGUCGGCUCUUUCAAGGUUAGGCGGGGAUUGGCGGAGGAUCCUGAAAAUGCAGGCGGUUUGAUUAGUGGUUUGCUUGAGUUUGCCAAAGGCCGAGUGCCUAAAAAAGAGUGGGCCGAUAGCAAGGUGCAGCUUUUGGCUAGCGGCGAGGAAGUGGAGAAAUUGGAGAUGGUGUUGGAGUCGUGUAGAGGAGUACUCAGACACUCUGGCUUUGCUUUUAAGGAUGAUUGGGCUACCAUUAUUCAAGACAAAGAAAAGGGUGUCUAUGCAUGGGUAGCGGUAAACUAUGCUCUUGGAACCCUCGGAGACGAUCCUCAGAAAACAACUGGGAUAGUUGAACUUGGAGCCACUUCUUUGCAGGCUACAUUUGCUUCAAAAAGAGCAAAAAGGCAUUCCUUACAUGUGAUCAAAUUGGCUGGAGUUACCUAUAAUCUUCAGACACAAAGCUUUCCAAAAUUCAGCCAGGAUGCAGCGUGGGACACUCUGAAUGAGCUUCACAAUUCUAGACAGUUGAUAUCCUUGUCUAAUAAUAGGGUGGUAUCAACUAGUAAUCCUUGCAUUCCCAAAGGAUAUGAGAUAGCAUCCAGUAAAAGUGAAGCAAAACUUCUCUUAUCUGAUUCAGCUGGCAACUUUACUGCAUGCAGACUUGAAGUUUUGGCAUCGUUGAAUAAUCAACAAGAGAAAUGCUUGCGUCGUCCAUGUAGCAUUGUCCCAUCUUUCUUCUUGGAGCUACAAGGCAAUCCUAUUCUUCAAGAGAGCUUGUUCUAUACUUCUGAGUUUUUUGGCCUCGUUCCUAGGAGUACUCUGUUCGAGUUGGAAGCAGCUGGGAAACAUUUUUGCGAAGGUGAUUGGGAAGAAUUAAAAAGUCAACAUCAUGGUAUCGAUGAUUUGGACUUGAUAAAAUACUGUUUCUCUUCGGCUUACACGGUGGCACUGUUGCAUGACAAACUUGGGAUUCCAAUGAGUGAUAACAGAAUUGGUUUUGCGAAUCAUUCAGGAAGCUAUCCGGUGGACUGGACCGUCGGAGCUUUCAUUGUGCAAUCAAUGUUAGAGCCGUCUGAUAUGGAAAUUGAGGACACGGAAGAAAUAGUUGGAAAUGAGUUGGUGACCUAUUUCUCAUUGUUUGCUUUUCUUUUAAUAGCUUUACUGGCUGUGUUAUUUGUAGUGCAAUUGCGAAAACCACAGUUAAAAACAAUAUAUGAUCUACAAAAGGGGCACUAUAUUGUCACUAGAGUGCCCAGGUGAUUUUUUGUUUUUUUACCCAUCUGACAACAUUUUGUAAAUUCUAUUGUAUCUUUAUGGAUUUAAGCCACAAAGAGUAGUUUUUUAGGAAACUUUUAGAUUCAUUCAAUUUACCAAGUAUUUUCUGUCUUAA